UUUCCCUUCCAGAUUUUUCUGGGGGCUGGCUGACAGAUCCUUGACAGGUUUGGAUCUCCAGGGUUCUACUGAGAUCAGACAGACCGUUUUCCAACAGAGAAAACUCUUCAGGGGGUUUCUGGUUUCAGGCAGGUUCAAUCUGGGAAGCAGAGAAGACAAAAAUGGAUCAGGUUCAGGUUCAGAUCAUCUUUUAUGAGGACAAAAACUUCCAGGGUCGCUCCUAUGAGACCAGCAGUGACUGUGCAGAGCUGACCUCUUACCUGAGCCGCUGUAACUCCUGCAGGGUGGAGAGCGGCUGCUUCAUGGUCUAUGAACGUCCAAAUUUCAUGGGCCACCAGAUGCUUAUUAGGCGAGGAGAGUACCCUGACAACCAGCGGCUAAUGGGAACGAGCAUGAGUGACUGCAUCCGCUCCUGCCGCAUGAUCCCUUUGCACAGAGGUCCAUUCAGAAUGAGGAUCUAUGAGCGAGAGAACUUCAGUGGUCAGAUGAACGAGUUGAUGGAAGACUGCGACUCCAUCCAAGAGCGUUACCGCAUGUCCAACUGCCAGUCUGUUCAUGUGAUGGAUGGCCACUGGCUGCUGUUUGAGCAGUCCAGCUUCAGAGGCAGGAUGAUCUACCUGAGGCCUGGAGAGUACAGGAGCAUGAGAGACAUGGGAACAGGUCCCAUGGACAUGAGGAUUGGCUCCAUCAGACGCAUCAUGGAAUCCUGUUAG